AUGUUUUCCCUACCAAAGCAGUUCAUACUCCCCGAUCUCAUCAGUCCCUGCCCAUUCAAGGGCGGCGCGUUCAGUCCCCACUAUACUAGAGCAUCGGCUGCUUCCCGAGCUUGGGUUGGCAGUUACACUCUUGUCGCGGAAGAGAAACGUCACGUCUACCUCAAUAGUGGAAGUGCGGUACUUGCCGCCCAUGCCUACCAUUACGCGGCAUACGAGCAAUUCCGGACGAUCUGCGAUUUCAUCAGUGUUUUGUUCACGCUCGACGAAAUCAGCGACGAGCAGAACGGAGCGGACGCGCGCACUACGAUGAACGUCUUCCUAGAGGUUCUUACUGAUCCUAACUGGGACGAUGGCACUCAGUUAGCGAAAUUUUGCAGGGACUUCAGAGCAAGGUUUUCCUCUACCUGUGGUCCCGCCUGCUAUGGCCGCUUCCUGAAGCUUUGCAAGGGCUACAUUGAUGCUGUCAUCGUCGAAGCAGAGCUGAGAGAAAGGGAGGAGGUACUCGAUUUACAGUCGUACUUACCGCUCCGCAGGGCGAACAGUGCGGUACCCUUCUGUUUCGGGCUGUUCGACUACGCACUCGGUAUCGACCUUCCGGACGAAGCAUACGAGCACCCUAUCUUCAAGCGCAUGCUCACCGCAGCAAUCGACAUGGUGUGCUGGUCAAACGAUCUUUACUCCUACAACAUGGAGCAGGCCAUGGGCCACACUGGCAACAACAUUUUAACCGUCCUCAUGAAGCAAGAGAAUAUUGACCUGCAGGCGGCCGCAGACUAUGUCGGAGAGCACUUCGGGAUUUUGGUGGAGGAAUUCGUCGCCGACAAGACACGCUUGCCUUCAUUCGGUCCACAUAUUGAUACUAUGGUUGCGAAGCAUAUAAUGGCUAUGGAAACCUGGGCCAUCGGCAACCUCGAGUGGAGCUUCGAAGUUCCCCGCUACUUUGGCCCCGAUUACGAGGAGGUCAAGCGCACUCGUGUUGUCACGCUGUACCCCAAGAAGAAUUAA